CUGAGAGUAUCAUUUUGGUGGAGAGUCUGGAGACCAAAAGGAGUACCGAGUCUAGAAGAAUGGCAACACCUACCAACGGAAUAAACUCAGCUCAACCUGAGAGAGGGCUUUCAGUUUUCACUCAGAAUGCUUGUCCAAUUGGUCGAGACCCUGUUAAAAUGUUGACAAAAGAAGAAAUUGAUAAAGCUCAUUCAUAUGUCUUGAUAAAUUGUGUUGAGGUUCAGCCGUACUUAGACAAGUACCGGGAUGAGCUGCAAGUUGGAAUUGUUGAUAACUCAUCGGGAUGGCAACAAAAAAACUUUGCGCAAUGGUUUAAACAACAUAUGAUGACUUUGCGGUAUCAAGAAUCAGAGGAAGCCACAAAUGAAUUGUUCUCACUGGCUUGUGGACCUCAGUCUACGAAGUCAUACCCAUGCUGUGUUAUUAAUGGAGUUUGUUUUUGGGUCAGGCGGGAUAAGCGACUUACUGCCCCCAAUCCUGGAUUGCAUAUACUUAGGAAAAUUGAAGAUAAAGUGAUCGAGUUGUUUGGUUUGGCGACCAAUGUAAUUGAAUUGGUCUAUAAACUUGGAAUGCGAGUUGUAUUAUUUACCUGUGAAUGGUUCAACACAAAUCCUAAUGAAAAUCUUAUUGAAAUGGAAAAUAAUUUAGUAAACAUAUGUGUGAGCUCUAAAUGGUAUGGUGACAAUCCUUUUGUUCUUGCAAAUGAAGCAGUGCAAGUGUUUUAUGUAGAUGACCAAAAGUGCCGGCCAAAUUGGAGAUUGGUUCAGGGACCCAAACCCAUUAAUAGAAGCAAGAAUGAAUCAAACAGGAACUCUGCAGCACUAGCACAAAGUAUAGAAAACAUCUUUGAUGGCGAACACAAGAGAGUUAGAACUGCGCCGCAGCAUAGUACAUCUGUUUCAUGUACAACAUCAUCACAGAUAGAGACGGGGAAGGAGCAGCCGAAGGAAUUUGUUGGGACUCUAGAAACAGAGCUUGAAAGUGAACGUGCAUUGUGGUCAAGUCAGAAGGCUGAACUCGAGAGUCGACGUGCAUUAGCCCAAGUUCAGAAGGCUGAACUCGAUUGCCAACGUGCAUUAAUCCUUAGCCGGAAGGUUGAACUCGAGAGCCACCGCGCACUGACCUUGAGCCAGAAGGCUGAACUUGAGAGUCAGAAAACAUUGAGCCAGAGACAGCAAAAGGAGCUUGAGAGUCAACGUUUGUUAACUAAGUAUCAACAGGCUGAACUCGAGAGCACACAGAGACUUAUUCAGGGCCAAAAUCAGCUCUAUCAGGAUCAGCAGCAACUUCUUAAAGAUCAACAAGAGCGCCUGAAACAUUUUGAGAACCUUUUUACUUAAGUCUAUAGAAUAGCUCAGUUCUAGAUGCAGCUUGCUUCGGCGCCAGAAAUUAAUUUGACCAUCUCUUUUACAUUUUUAGUCUAUGUCAGACUGCACACAGUUGGAUAAUUUUGUUGAAUUCCAAAAUGAAAAGGAAAUCUU